AUGUCACCGAUUAUUCUAAUGUAUCCAUCCAUCUUCUCUUUGCAUUUCCAGUUUGUCCACGCCCGGCCGGAAUCCAUGGGGUCAAGGAGGGGAAGGCCGCAGCAGCACUAUCCUCCUCCUCCUCCUCCUGCCGCCGCCGCCGAGGGCCCGCGGCCCGGACGCCCAUUCCCUCAGCCGCAAGGAGGACGCGGCGCCCCGUCGCCGCAGCCUAGAGACGAUGCGGCCGCAGGCACAGGCAGGGGCCGUGCUGCCCGUGGCGCCGGCAGGGGCGCCGCGCGCGGGGCCGGCCCCUCCUCCGCUCCCGCCACAUGGCCGUUGGGCCGCCUGGCUCCCGACCUGCGCCAAGCAAUGGAAGAACCUUCGCCGCCGGCGCCGGCAGGCCCUUCAGAGCCGCGGCCACCUCAAACGGCCCAGCCAGUGCCCGUGCCCGCCACGGCCGAGGCCCCGAUCCCGGCGUCGAGCAAGGCGAUCCGGUUUCCGGUGCGGCCGGGCAAGGGCAGCGCCGGCACCAGGUGCCUGGUCAAGGCCAACCAUUUCAUCGCGCACCUCCCCGACAAGGACCUCCACCACUACGACGUAUCGAUCACUCCGGAGGUCACCUCGCGGGUCGUCAACCGGGCGGUGAUCAACGAGCUGGUGAACCUGCACAGGGCCGCCUACCUCGGCGGGAGGCUACCGGCGUACGACGGCAGGAAGAGCCUCUACACGGCAGGCCCGUUGCCGUUCGCUUCCAAGGAGUUUCAGAUCACUCUGCUCGACGACGACAAUGGCUCCGGCUCUGCCUCCCAGAGGCGGCAGAGGAAUUUCAAGGUGGUGAUUAAGUUCGCCGCGCGCGCCGACCUUCACCGCCUCGGGAUGUUUCUGGCCGGGAGGCACGCGGAGGCUCCUCAGGAGGCGUUGCAGGUUCUUGACAUUGUGCUGCGGGAGCUGCCCUCUGCAAGAUAUGCGCCAUUUGGACGCUCGUUCUUUUCGCCCGACCUGGGCAGAAGGCAGCCCCUCGGCGACGGAUUAGAGAGCUGGCGCGGGUUUUACCAGAGCAUCCGGCCUACUCAGAUGGGCCUGUCACUCAAUAUUGAUAUGUCAGCGACAGCUUUCAUCGAGCCAUUGCCUGUGAUAGAUUAUGCCGCACAGCUCCUGCGUUCCGACAUCCAUUCGAGGCCCCUCUCAGACGCCGAACGUGUUAAGAUCAAGAAGGCACUGAGAGGAGUAAAGGUGGAAGUUACUCAUCGUGGCAACAUGCGAAGGAAGUACAGGAUAUCUGGUCUGACAACUCAGGCAACUCGAGAGCUGACUUUUCCUGUUGACGAAGGGGGCACAGUAAAGUCGGUCGUACAAUACUUUCAGGAGAUAUACGGCUUUGCCAUCCAGCACACGUACCUGCCUUGCCUCCAAGUUGGCAAUCAGCAGCGUCCAAAUUACUUGCCUAUGGAGGUCUGCAAAAUAGUGGAGGGACAGAGGUACUCCAAGAGACUAAAUCAGAAUCAGAUAAGAGCUCUCUUGGAUGAGACAUGUCAGUACCCGCGUGAUCGGGAGCGUGAUAUAACCCAGAUGGUCAAACACAAUGCUUAUCAGGAGGAUCCUUAUGCGAAAGAGUUCGGCAUUAAGAUCAGCGAUCGUCUGGCAUCAGUAGAUGCACGGAUUUUGCCGGCCCCACGGCUUAAGUACAACGAGACUGGUAGAGAAAAGGAUUGUUUACCUAGAGUUGGUCAGUGGAAUAUGAUGAACAAGAAAAUGGUAAAUGGUGGCAAAGUCAGAAGCUGGAUGUGCGUCAAUUUUGCCCGUAACGUGCCAGACAAGCUUGCUCGUGAUUUCUGCCAUCAACUUGCUCAGAUGUGCCAAGACUCGGGAAUGGACUUCGCUCUGGAGUCUGUUCUUCCACCCAUGAGUGCACGCCCGGAUCAAGUGGAGCGAGCUCUCAAAGCUCGGUACCAUGAGGCAAUGAACAUUCUUGGGCCCCAGCGCCGGGAGCUUGAUCUGCUUAUUGGGAUCCUUCCUGACAACAACGGCUCGCUUUAUGGUGAUCUGAAGCGCGUGUGCGAAAUCGAUCUCGGAAUAGUUUCGCAAUGCUGUUGUACGAAGCAGGUGUUCAAAUUGAACAAGCAAAUUUACGCAAAUAUUGCACUGAAGAUAAACGUCAAGGUGGGGGGCAGGAACACUGUGCUGGUGGAUGCAUUGUCGCGGCGUAUUCCUCUUGUCACCGACAGACCUACAAUCAUAUUUGGUGCUGAUGUGACCCAUCCUCAUCCUGGCGAGGACAGCAGUCCCUCGAUCGCUGCUGUUGUAGCCUCCCAAGAUUGGCCCGAGGUUACGAGGUACGCGGGGUUAGUUUCUGCUCAGGCGCACCGGCAAGAGCUCAUAGAGGAUUUGUACAAGGUCCGGCAAGAUCCACAGAAAGGACCAGUCAGUAGUGGCAUGAUUAGGGAGCUACUUAUAUCCUUUAAGAAAUCAACCGGUGAGAAGCCCCAGCGGAUAAUAUUCUACAGGGAUGGCGUUAGCGAGGGCCAGUUUUACCAAGUUCUGCUGUUUGAACUCAAUGCGAUCCGAAAAGCCUGUGCUUCCCUGGAGGCAAACUACCAGCCACAGGUGACUUUCAUCGUGGUUCAGAAACGCCACCACACGAGACUAUUUGCGCACAAUCACAAUGAUAAGAACUCGAUGGACAGGAGUGGAAACAUACUCCCAGGUACCGUUGUGGACACGAAGAUCUGUCAUCCGACUGAGUUUGACUUCUACUUGUGCAGCCAUGCUGGCAUCAAGGGCACCAGCCGUCCCGCUCAUUAUCACGUCUUGUGGGACGAAAACAACUUCACAGCUGAUGGGUUGCAGACUCUCACCAACAACCUCUGCUACACCUACGCGAGGUGCACUCGCUCGGUGUCGAUUGUUCCACCUGCAUACUAUGCUCAUCUGGCCGCCUUCCGUGCCCGUUUCUACAUGGAGCCAGAGAGCUCCGACAGCGGCUCUAUGGCAAGUGGGCCCGGUGGGCGUGGACCGCAGUCCGGCUCGUCGGCGUCACGUGGUACUCGGGCCCCCGGCGGUGCAGCUGUCAAGCCCCUUCCAGCCCUGAAGGACAAUGUGAAGAACGUCAUGUUCUACUGCUGA